GGUUACAAUCUAAUGUGGGAAGGCUAUUCGGGGCAGAGCUUAUAUGGGAGUGGGAGAGUGGACUUGUCGCCAUGGCUGAGAGCUUCCCAUGUUUGAUGAUCAGAUUCCAUGUGCUCCUUGAUUAAUUUAUGGCUUUCAAUCGACGUUACUAUAUUCACAAAAUCAAGAGAGCAGUUCUGUCCCCAUCAGAGAUUAAAAUACACCCAGAAAGCCAAAACCCCUCUGCCCCCCUCUCUCUCCCCCUUCUCUAUCUCUCACUCCUAUUUGAUUAUGAUGACUAAUCCGCAUUAUGAGUCUCCGGGAUUACACCAAAAGCUCUGAUCUUUACUUGGAAUUUCACUGAUUGAGCUCUCAAGUGCAUGUGGGAGGUGGAGACUGAUGUGGGUUUUGAUGCUUGGCGGGUGGUAUUCCUAAUUCUCGCUGGUAAUCGAGCAGUGCACUUGAAGGGCAUGUGAGUCUUGCUCUGACCUCCACCAGAGAAUGUUGCAGCUUAUCCUGUCCUCCUCUUGCACUGUCCCACUGUACCUUGUUUGCUUGGUUGUCCUGUGGUUUUAGUGGUGAAGCUCCUCGAGUUUGUGCUGUCGGGCAUAGGUGCUGUAAUUGAACUGUGACUGCUGUAGCUGCUGGAGAAAUGGAAUCCGGCUGUAGGAUCUACUCGGAUGAUGAGUUUCGUUUGGACUCGAAAUGGUUGAUCGAUCCGCAGCAUCUCUUCGUUGGACCGAAACUCGGGGAAGGAGCUCAUGCCAAGGUCUAUGAAGGAAAAUAUAAGAACCAGACUGUUGCAAUUAAAAUCGUUCAUAAAGGGGAGACCCCUGAGGACAUUGCCAAGAUAGAAGCUCGAUUCGCGAGGGAGGUUGCGAUGCUUUCGAGAGUUCAACACAAAAACUUAGUCAAGUUUAUCGGUGCUUGCAAGGAGCCGGUGAUGGUGAUAGUUACAGAGCUUUUAUCAGGAGGUACUCUGCGUAAAUAUCUGGUAAAUAUGCGGCCUAGAUGCUUAGAAACUCAUGUUGCGAUUGGUUUUGCACUGGAUAUUGCUCGGGCUAUGGAGUGCCUUCACUCUCAUGGGAUCAUUCACCGCGAUCUAAAACCUGAAAACUUGCUCUUGACGGCAGACCAGAAGACAGUAAAACUAGCAGAUUUCGGCCUGGCAAGAGAGGAGUCGUUGACGGAGAUGAUGACUGCUGAAACUGGAACUUAUCGUUGGAUGGCCCCAGAGUUGUACAGUACCGUUACAUUAAGGCAGGGAGAGAAAAAGCAUUACAACCACAAAGUCGAUGCCUACAGCUUUGCCAUAGUCUUGUGGGAGCUCUUACACAAUAAAUUGCCCUUUGAAGGAAUGUCAAAUCUUCAGGCAGCUUACGCUGCUGCUUUCAAGAAUGUGAGGCCUAGCGCUGACAACCUUCCAGAAGAAUUAGCCAUUAUCCUGACUUCCUGUUGGAAGGAGGACCCAAAUGACCGGCCUAAUUUCAGUCAGAUAAUCCAAAUGCUUCUUAAUUACCUUUACACCAUUGCCCCACCUGAAUCGGCCAUUCCUUCCCGGAUCUUCACUUCUGAGAACCGGGUCCUGGCACCGGAAUCCCCCGGCACAAGCUCUCUGAUGGCAAGGUGCGAUGCCACGGAAGAAACCCAAGGCAAAUCGAAGGGCUUCUUCUCCUGCUUCGACCAAUGUUAUUGAACCCAAAAUCAUAUGUAGGAGUAGGGUAUAUAUAGCUUCUCUCCUUUCUACUGGGUCAAAGAUCUCUACAAGAAAGGUAAUAAAUGGAUUAGAAGUUAAAUUCUGUAGUCUUCUUGUAUACUGUCAAUUAUCAAAGGGAUGGGAUGAAUCUUCUCAAGAGAAGAGAUGGAAUCUGCGCGAUUGAACUUUCACCCGCAAAAGCAAAGCUGAAAUGCCUUGCAAUAUGUUAUUUAUCACCUUGGAUCUCUAAUAUGUCUAGUCUUCCGUUGUUCAUCAAAUACUGGAAUAAAAUGCUAUUCCUUGAAGUUU